UUUUGUCAUUCACUUGUAAAGACAUGUGGUUGUUAAUAUUUUUUAUAACUUUUACAUUCGUAAUAAAGCAAAUCAUGGAGAGACCACCCAGUUUCCCUCCAGGGCCGCCAAUAUUUCCAGUAGUAGGUAACGUUUUGUCUGUAUGGUUUAAUUUAAGAAGGUUUAAAUAUCAUCAUUGUGUUUGGAAGAACUGGUCGAAGAGAUAUGGUAAUCUUCUUGGUUUAAAGCUUGGUUUUUUGGAUGUUGUGAUUGUUUUUGGAAAGAAAUAUAUAAAAGAAGUUUCUUCAAGAGAUGUUUUUGACGGACGACCCGAUGGUUUCUUUUAUACAAUGAGAUCGUUUGGAAAAAAGCUGGGCAUAGUGUUUUCCGAUGGUACCAUUUGGACUAAGACAAGGCGUUCUGUUCUAAAAUGUCUUAAGAACUUCGGUUACGGCUCACGAUCUAUGGAAAAUAACAUAAGCGAAGAAAGCAGAGCACUCGUAGAACUUCGAAAGGCUGACUCAGGAACACCGAUUGUAGUUAAUCACAUGUUUGACGUGGCUAUUGUUAAUAUUUUGUGGAAGCUAGUUGCAGGCAAAAGAUAUGAUUUAAGAGAUCCUCACCUAAUAACUCUAUGCAACCUUAUAACGCAAUCAUUCCAAGUGGUGGACAUGAGCGGUGGAAUUUUAAACUUUUUGCCAUUUCUAAGACAUAUUUUCCCAAACUUAAUAGGUUAUACAAAAUUAGUAGAAAUCCAUGAUAAUAUAUACAAGUUUAUAAAGGACACAAUAACCGAGCAUCGGAGAACGUUAGAUGUAAACAAGCCAAGAGACCUUAUCGAUGCUUUUCUUAUUGAAAUGUCGGAAGAUAAGGAAGAAUCGUUCACAGAUGAAGAGCUCCAAGUCAUAUGUCGUGAUUUGCUCGAGGCUGGUGUGGAAACAGUUAGCAAUACGGCUGUAUUUAUGUUACUCCACCUUGUACGAAACCAGGAUAUCCAAAAACGACUACAAGCUGAAAUCGAUACUGAAAUCGAAUCGUCUCGCUUUCCCGCCCUCAGUGAUAGAUCCAGGAUGGUUUACACAGAAGCGGUGAUUUUGGAAACUUUGCGAAUAUCUAGCGUAGCAGCAGUCGGCAUUCCACACAUGGCCCGUGACGAUGCAAGACUCGGAGAUUAUGUAAUACCAAAGGGAACAUUUUUGUUGCUGGCAAUUCACGAUCUUCAUAACGGAACUCAUUGGAAAAAUCCACAUGAAUUUAAGCCAGAGCGUUUCAUUACAAAAGAGGGUAAUUUAAUACAAAGUGAAAUGCUCAUGCCAUUUGGCACAGGUAAAAGACGAUGCAUUGGUGAAGGAUUAGCUAGAUCCGAGUUAUUUAUGUUUCUCACCUAUCUGUUGCAAAAGUUUAACCUGAAGAUACCCAAAGGAGACCCUAUUCCUACGACAGAACCGUUAGACGGUGUCACUUUAUCAGCUCAAGAGUUUAGAAUCAUCUUUGAACAAAGGCGUGUGUUCUCGAAAAUGAAACUGUAACAAGAAUUUUUGGUAGUAUCAUUUAAUCGCUCAGUACUGUAAACGGAUAUUUUCAUAUUUAUGAUUAUUAUUAGAAGGGAAAUAUAAAUGUAUUAUCCAUGUGGAAUAUAUUAACAUAUUUUAAAAUUAUAUAUAACUAAUUCAUUGAACCAGCAGCAAGAACGAAAAUAGAAGUAAAGACUUAAUAACAUAGACGACACACUAGAUACGUAGUAAGUUUUUAGAUAAACAAUAGACAUGUAAAUUAUUUGGUU